AUGGCCCGGAUUACUGUGGAGUUACUCCGUCGCCGCGCGGAGCACAACGAGGGCUGUCUCUCGAACCUGAAGGAGAUCGCUCUCCAUCAGCAGGAUAUUGAAAAGAUCGAGCUCAUCGGUGACGCAUGCCGCCAACUGGAGAUUGUAUACCUGUGCAAUAACUACAUCCGUGUCAUUGAAGGACUGCGGCACCUGAAGUGGCUGAAGUACCUCAACCUCGCUGUGAAUAACAUUACGGUAAUCGACGGGCUACAAGGGUGCGAGGCCCUGGAGCGGCUGGACCUCACGCUGAACUUCAUUGCAGAGCCUACGUCGGUUCAGACACUGCUAGCGAAUCCGUUCCUUGAGUCCCUGCACCUGACAGGCAACCCAUGCACCAAGGUGGAGGGCUACCGCUCCUACGUAAUUCACGCAUUGCCUCAGUUGAAGGAGCUGGACGGUGAUGUGGUAAUCAAAGCCGAGCGCAUCAUGGCUCGGCAGGCAGAGGAUGUGGUGAUUGAGGCAGUCGAGGAGGAGGCGGUGAGGGUGCGCGAGGGGGAGCGCAUUAAGCAAGAGAUGCUGGCAAAGGGAAUAGACCCUUUUCCACCAAAGUACAACGCGAAGGGCGAGCGCGUGUACGGACACACACCGGAGGAGCGACUGCAGGUGCUGCAGGAACAACAGGAGAUGGAGCAGAAGAAAAAGGCUGAGGUGUCGACCCCGCAGCCUGGCAGCAUCGCUGCUCUCCAUCAGGAACUGCAGAGGCAGCAGCAGCCGUCGAAGCGGCUAACCACCGAGGAGGAACGAGGCAAGUUUGGUCGCCUGCUGCUGCGUAACGAACCCCGAGUGCCGUUUCGCAUGAACCACGACGACGCUGAGGAGUUUGUACUUACUGUGGAGCCCGGAAAGUUUAUCUCCACCACACUACUUUCCAUACAGGUAGAGGUAGACGUGGUGCGUGUGUUCAUCAAGGGUAAGUUACUACAAGUGCCAGUCGAGGAUGAGCUGGCUGCGGACGCGACACAGGUGCAGCGCUCUACCACGACAGGGCAGCUGAAAGUGACGGUACCGUACACACCGGAGGUGCAGGAGCGACGCAGCGGCAUGCGUGCACGUCUCAGAGGGCUGCGCGAGGUGGCCGAAAGGGUUUCCAGCGCUACUGGGGAGAGCGCAUCCAGCGCUGUCCCAGCGUCUGCAGCUCCUUUUCCAAAUACCGCUGAAGCACUCACUCGCUCCACACUGCUGGAGAUUGAGAGUCGCAUGGGCGGUAGUUCACCGUCUGUUUCAGUCGAUCAGCCCGGGACAAUAGGCAUACUCAGUGGCAGUGAGAACACCAUGACGAGCAGUAGCAUCGUGAAGUCUGUGGAUGUCCUCUCUCCUGUGUCGUCUACCAUGAUGGUGGCCGCAGAUGCAGCUACAUCAGUGUUGCCGCCCAUGACAGCAGUGCCGACUCCGACCACCGCGGCGCAGAGCGAUUGUACUAUCUUGGAUUAA